AUGUCACAUGCUGCAUUCCUCGUAGCUGCCUUUCUCGCAUUUACCUUGCCUCAUGUUUAUGCUGCCACUGCCGACCAAUGGCGAGGUCGAUCGAUUUACCAAGUCAUCAUCGACAGAUAUGCUUUGCCCGAAGGCGCUGACCCUAAUCAGUGUCCACCUGGAAGCCGUACAUGGUGCGGUGGGACCUGGAAUUCUCUUCGCCAGAAUUUAGACUACAUCCAAGACGCAGGUUUCACCGCAGUCUGGAUAAGUCCUGUUUCCCAAAACUAUGAGGGUCCGACUACUCCAUAUGGAGACCCCUACCACGGAUACUGGAUUGCGGAUGCUACUCAACUCAACUCUCGGUUUGGCACGUCUGACGAUCUCAAGGCUCUUUCAGAUGAAUUGCAUCGUCGCGGAAUGUACUUGAUGAUUGAUGUCGUUGUCAACGAUGUCAUGGCCACAUCGAUAACCCCCGAUUUAUCCACAUAUAUGUUCAAAGAACAGUCGCAAUACCAUCCAUAUUGUCCUAUAGAUUGGGGCAACAGCACCAGCGAGGAAGAAUGUUGGUUAGGCGACACCGUUGUUCCCCUUCCUGACCUCAACACAGAAGACCCAACUGUUGUUGCCGGGUUCGGUGACUGGAUUCAGUCCUUGGUUAAGGAAUAUAAUAUUGAUGGACUCCGAAUCGAUGGUAAGUAUAGACAUGUUAAUAUUCCCUUCUGGCCCGUGUUUUGUGGCAAAGCCGGCGUAUUCUGCAUAGGAGAAGUCUAUGGUCCAGAUGUCGACGAAGCCGCUGUCUUCCAGGGACCUGAUGCCCUUGAUUCAAUUUUGAACUAUCCCAUGUACAAUGCGCUCCUUGAUGCGUUCACCAUUCCUGGGUCACUGAAUACGAGUGCCGUUUCAGACAUGAUCACGCAGGAGGCAACGAAGUUCAAGGACCCCACAAUUCUCGGGAACUUUAUCGAAAAUCAGGACGUUCCUCGCUGGGCGAAUAUCUCUGUCGACCCACAAAGUUUAUACAACGCCAUGGUGUUCAACUUUAUGACUGAUGGCAUACCCAUUGUAUAUUAUGGUCAAGAGCAGGGCUUUAGCGGGAAUAGCGAUCCUUAUAAUCGUGAGGCAAUGUGGCCGUCGAAAUAUGCCAACACCACGACAUAUCAACUCAUAACCACAUUGAAUCAGUUCCGCAACUUCUUGGUUAACAACACGCAAUGGGCAACCACGCCGACGCAGGUGCUUACGACAUCACCAUACGGCAUCGCAACGUUGAAAGGGGAUUGUGUCUCCAUCAUGACCAAUAUCGGAUCUCCUGUAAGUCCGUGCAAACCUUGCGAGCCUUUAUCUCCGCAUUUUCGAUUUUUUCUGAUUGUAAUAACCUGUGAUCAGUGGCCAGUGGGCAGCAAUGGCACCAUCAAUGCACAAUAUACUUUAGGAGGCGUGCCUCUUGUCCUCUAUCCUACUACUCUUCUGCAGGGUUCUGGUUUGUGCGAGAACUCCGGCAUCACGACGGGUUCAGCCACGUUCGUAUCCUCGGCUCCACACAUACACCGUCCUGUUAUAACUCUUUUGUCUGCUGUUGUCUUCUUUGUUGUUGGGCUUUUUGUUCUGUUUUAG